AUGGAACAAAGUGAUGAAUCUGAUCGCCCUAUCUCAGCAGGGAGGCAAGAAAUUCGAAAGAGAAGAUGACCCAGCCAACCAAUGGUAGAUAAAUCCCAGCAGACUGAAGUGACAGAGAAAAAGAAACACUUGUCUAUACCACAGUCAUCUGGCCCCAAAGGUACCCUUAGUAUUGGUGAUAUUCCUGGAAGCAAAUUCAACUAUGAAUGUCAUAGAGUGUCUUCUCAACUUCAGCAAACUUGGACAAAGAGAAAGCAUGUACAUGAUAUGACUGAUAAAUCUCUGCAGACAGAAACUACUGCAGAAGAGAAAGAAGAAGAAAUCAAGUCAGUUUGUGAAACAGUGGUACCUGAAGAAAAGCCAGCUAUUGGAGAAGCUAUUGGAGAAGCAGCCCCUGAAUUUCCAGAGAGUGUUCAGGAAGUAAAAAUUCCACCAAGCAGACACUCAGUUCAACUCAAAACAGACAGAUCCCAGCAGAUCAGUUGUACUGGAGACUGGACAAUGAUGAACAUUCCUUAAAAAGAAAAAGUAGGGCUUCCCUGGUGGCGCGACAAGGAAGAGCAGACAAACUUUAGUGAAUCAGAGAUAGUGGUUAUUGGCUGGCCAAGUAAUCCGUUUUCAAAGUCAAAGGAAGGUGCACAGACUCAAUCCUCAGGGAAGAUUUUUGUUACUGAACAUCCUGAAUUUCAACCCACAACAAGUAACAGCGAAGAAAUUAGGCAGCAAAGUAUUAACAGAGCUUUAUCUAUUCCACCAACCAAAAAAGAUGCUCCAGUACUUUUAGAAGAUGGGAAAGAUGUUCCAGCUGAAGUACAGCCUCCUGCUGCAGAAGAGAGCUCUGCUGAAGUGCAACUUCCACUAGCUGAGGAGAUUACUGCAGAAGAGGUUUCUGCUGAAGUUCAGCCUCCAGCAGCUGAAGAGGCUCCUGUUGAAGUACAGCCUUCCCCAGCAGAAGAGGCUCCUGGAGAUGAGGCUCCUGCUAAAGCAGAGCCCACCUCAGCUGAAGAGACUCUUAAAAGAGCCUCCUACGCUCCUACACAAGAGGUCCCAGAACUUCAAACUUCACCAGCUGUGGAGUCCCCUGCAGAGAAGUCCUCUGCCAACAUUCAGUCUCCACCCACUGAGGAGACCUCUUCAGAAGAGGUCCCAGAAGAAGUUCAGUCUCUGCCAGCUGAGGACACCCCUGCAGAAGAGGCCUCCGCCAAAGUUCAGCCUCCAGCAGAGGAGGGCCCUGCAGAAGAGACCUCCACCAAAGUUCAGUCUCCACCAGCUGAGAGGACCCUUGCAGAAGAGGCUGCAGCUGAACUUCAACCUUUACCAGCAGAGAAGCUUCCAUCAACUGAAGAAACUACUUCGGAAAUGUUCUCUGUUGACAAACAGUCUUCACUAGCUGAAGAGUCCUUUAUUACACAAAUCUCUGUAAAAGAAACCUCUGCUGAAGUUCUGCUUCUACCAUCUGAGCAAACACCUGCAGAUGAAGCUCUGGUAGAGAAUGUGUCUAUGGUUUAUCAGUCUCCCCAGACAGCGGACGUCCUGGUGGUAAAAUUAGGAUCAGGGGUUUUGGAAGAUAAGCCAAAAUCUGAAGAGCCUUUAGAACGGGAUACAGUUCCUGAAGAUUCAUCUGAUACCAAGAAUGAAGAGGUUUUUCUAUUAAAGUGUGUCAUCAUAUAG